UUUAGGAGAUUAUCAAUUUAUAAUAGUGAUGGAACUUUUGAAAUUUUAUUAUCUUAUUCAUUUAUCAAAAUUAUUAACUUAAUGGGCCUAUUACUUUAUAAAAAAAAAUCCAUCGAGUAUUACAUAAGGAAUUUUUACUGUAUCCUAAUAAACUCUUGUUUUAACCUUUUUAAAAGUCGUAAAACUAGAAUCCUCUAGUCUCGCUUUAACCUCUCUUCCGUCUUCAGUUUCCUCCCCUCUCAAUGCCCGCCAUUGAAGUGGGGAUUUUUAGAGCAGGGCAAAUAUGAGGUUGGAAAAAUGCUGGUUCUGUUCUUCUACCAUAUAUCCGGGCCAUGGGAUUCAAUAUGUUCGUAAUGAUGCAAAGAUCUUUAGAUUUUGUCGAUCAAAAUGCCAUAAGAACUUCAAAAUGAAGAGAAAUCCUCGCAAAGUAAAAUGGACUAAGGCUUAUAGACGGUUGCAUGGGAAGGACAUGACACAGGACUCUACGUUUGACUUUGAAAGGAAGCGGAAUAGACCUGAGAGAUAUGAUAGGAAUGUGACGGAGAACACACUCAAGGCCAUCAAGAAAAUUGAUAAAGUCAGGGUUGACAGAGAGAACAGACACCAUAUCAAGAGGAUGAAGCCAAAGAAGGCCCAGUUGCAGAGAGAACUGGUAAAGGAAUUGGAACAGAGCAUUUCAAUGAUCAGAGCUCCAGCACCUCUUCAACGAGACCCCUCACUCACCUUACCUAUCAAGGUCAAGGUUUCCAAACCGGAGACACAGGAAAAUCGUAUGGAGGAGUGAGACUUUGGCCCACCUUCACUUUUGUUCACAGCUCAAUGUCCAUUGUGCUCCAAGAGUUAUUUAUUAAGGUUCAUAUCAGUAGAAAAGAAGGAUUUGACAUAACUUAGCUGAAUAGGGAUUCAUAUUGUUCGUUACUCUGAUAAUGUCUUGUUUUCAUAUCUCCUUGAACUCAUUGCGAAAUAUUGUGAUAUGUUGUCCCUUUUAUGAAUAUUUGCUUGUGUUUUUCUUAA